GGUGCCACCCACAGCUCCAGGCCAAAGUUGAGCUGAGCAGCAGCCGGCAGCACCCAGGGGUCCGGCAGUGCCCGGCUCCCAUCCAUGGCCCCGGUGCUGCCCUGGGGUUUGGCCAUUGCUGCCCCCGUUGGGUUCCUGCUCCUGCUGCUCCUCUGCGCCUUCCGCCCCAGGGCGAGCGGCCGCUUCUCCACCCAGAGCACCGGGAACGCCGCAGGGAACUCCAGGCUGGUGACGCUGUCGGGAGCGGGCCGCAGCGACGGGGGAGAGGCGCCGCUGGGAGGUGCGUGGCCUUGCAGCAGGACAGAUGUCAGCAGUGAGGGGAACACGGACAGCUCUGGGUCGCCACACUCCAACACAUCCCCUAAAUCCCCCACGAGGACCCCGGACUUCCUGCGGCACCGGCAGCUCCCGCUGGUGCCCGGUGACACCGCAGCGCCCGCAGUGGACACAGGGCAGGAUGCCCAGGGGCCCAUCUACGAAAGCAUCCGCUACAAAUCCCGGACGCUCAGUGCUGGGCUGGAAAAGCCCUGCAGGGACGAUGGGGACAGUGGGGAUGAUGGGGACCCGGUGCAGGACUUUGUUGUGCAAGAGGAGCCGUGCGGCCCGGGCAGCCCCAUACCAGUGUACGCCCGCAUCUGCAAAGUGUCCCGGGCACCGCAGCACACGAUACCCAACAGCACCGAGUCUGAGGAAGAGGCAGCUCCAGCGCUGCCAGAGAAGCUCUUCGACAUCCUGUAGGAUGGGACAGAGGGAUCUCAGGAGGAUUGGACGUUGGUAAAAGGCUGGGUGCUAGGGAAAGGUUCUGCCCCAGAGGGCGGUGGGCAUGGAACAGCUCCCCAGGGCAGUGGGCACGGCCCCGACCUGCUGGAGCUCAGGGAGCGUUGGGACACCGCUCUCAGACAUUGGGUUUGAGUUCUGAGAGUGCUGCUGGCAUGUCCCCACAUUUCUGCAGCCCUGGGACCAGCUCGGUGCUCCCCCUGCACCGAUGGAGCAUGGGCGACUCGGGGUCUUCUCAGAUGGUGGCAUCGCAGAGCUUUCCCCCCAAAAUACCAAACUGCAUCCCAUGGGGACGCAGCGUCAUUCCCUGUGCCACCAGGCUGGGCUUCGCUCUGCCUCAAGCAGUGACUCUGCUAGGGCUGAGUCAGAUGGAGCAGAAAAGGAUUUUGCUUUAAAGGAAAAAAAAAAAAAAAACCACACUAAGAAGAAUACGCCUUUGACGUGACUCCUGGCGCGGGAGCUGGGGACGUUUCUGUUUUCACGUGUGGAUGGCUGGCGGCAUGCUGCAUGGGGUGACUCAUUUCGGCACAAGAUCUGGGGAGCUCGGAGCCAGGGGAAAUCAGGGACAUUCCUCAGCCCGCUGCUCAGCACUUCCUAACGUCCCCAUCGGUGCCCGUGGAGCCCUGCGGUGACCGAGGGCACUGCAGGGCAGUGCUGGGGGAAAUCCCAGUGCUGCAGGGUCCGGCGGUGUCCGUGUGCUGAGUGUUCCCCAGUGACAUAUGGGCAUGGCCCCACUUUCAGCUGUUAGGUAAUCACUUCCAGUGCACACGAUGGUGCUGCUCAGCUGCCUUCCUAUACACUCACCUGCCUUCCUAUCUGCCUACCCACCACCCUAGACAGCCAUCUGCUUCCUAUAUGCACGUCUGCCUUCCUGUACACUCCUGCAUUCCUAUGUGCUCAUUGCCUUGCUGCGUGUCCGCCCGCCUCCCUGCACACUCAUACACCUCUCUCUGUACCCAUCUGCCUUUCUACUCAGAUAUCUCCCUUCCUAUAAGCUCACACCGGGCUUGGAGGGGAGCCCAAAGGGGGGUGGUUUGGGGAAUAUUCACAAGAAUUCCCAAAAGUGCUGCCUGAGAGAUGCGGCCCAGGCAGUGGUGGGGCAGCGUCAGCUCCUGGAGCGGAUCCCCAGCAAAGCCAGCGGGCUCCAGGGCUGCGCCUUGGCCGGUGUCACCCUCAGGUGUUAUGGGUUCUCUUUGCGUGCCGCUCAGAGGACAAGUUGGUUAAUGAUUAAUUUUCUAUCUUGAAUGAAGCAGAGGGGAAGAACUAGGGCUGGCUGGGUAGUGAGCAGCUCUUCAUGGAGCUCCCAGCCAGUUUGGGAAGGGAGGAGGUCUGGGUCAGGAGACUUGCUAACAUCCUCCAGAAGGGUCUUCCAGCUCCACGAGGGUUGGACAAGAAAGGCUGGGCUGGGAUUUCAGCUGCUGCAGAGCAGUCUUGCUUCUUCACCCUUACAGAGAAGGAAAACACACCAGCACCAAGUACCCACGAUUUCAUAGACCUCUGCCAUCCUCCUCUCCACCCAGCCGAUGUGGAUCAUCAUUUUCCCCACACACCACACCCACAUCAAGUUGCUCCUCCACGCCUCCAAUCAUCCCUAUCCCAUUCUCCAAAUAAGACCAUGCUGGGCUGUCCACCCAGACACAGAGCUCCACAGAGGAGCUCCAGCUCCUGUCCAUCGGGUGCAAGCUUGGCUGUUCCUAGGAGCUCCACAUUUCAGCAGCUUGGAUCCUCUCAGCUCCCAAAAUAAGCCAAGAUGAGGUACAAGAACAAGCAAGGUACACAUGAAGCAGUAUAUUAAAGGAUACUCGGAGCUUGCUGAAGCUGUGCUAGCACUGCAAAGGAAAGAGGAGUGCUGGGAGGGAAAGCAAAGAGUUAAAAAUGAGCAAGGCGAAGGAAGGGAGGGGAAAAAAAAAAAAGCAAACAGGCCAGAGUUUAUUAAAAAAAAAAAAAAGGAUAAGGAGGCAAAGAGCAGAAAAGGAAACCUCGUGAGUGUCUCUUCCUCUCUUGGCUUCUCCCUGCUCGGGCUGCAGGGAGGGGGAGGCUCCGCUGCGUGUGCCUGGAGGAGCUGGGUGCAUGGCACAGCAGCUUGCACCCACAGAGAGCUGUGCCCCAGCACACAGAGGAGCUGCCCACACCCUGGCCAGGUCUGGCUCUGUCCUGCGGACAGCCCCCCACAGAUGAAUUAUUGACAAUGGAGGAGCAGAGCAGCUGCCCUGGGGGCUUUGCUGUUACGUGGCCGGGGCGGUAACAGUUAAAUCUGCAUCGCGUCAGCCCCGAGCGUAUAAAAGUCAGGAGCAGGGCAUGCCAAAGCCAGACUGCGAGCACACUGCGCGCCAGGCGGCUUGUGCAACCACAGACACGCUCGAUGGCUCCUGCUUGACCCCGCUGGUUUUUCAGGCUAUCGGGGAGCGCUGGCAUCGCAUUUCCAAACAUUUUCCUGCUUCCACGAGAAGACAAAAUCAAGCGUGUUAACACGUGAGCCGUGGCGGCUGGGAGCGCUGUGGCGGCUGCACCGUGCCUCUGCUGCGGGAAAUGGGACUUAACACGGGCAGAACCCUCUGCUUCUGGUGACUCCCAGGUGCAGGGCUGGCACCAGCUGUGGGCAACUUCCAGGAUGCAGCUGGGGUAAAGCAGCUCUUUUCCAGGGGCACGGAUGCAGCCGGAUUGGGUCAGUGGUGCUCAAGAGCUUGGCGCUGUUAAAUUCAGUAAAAUUAUUGCUGCCAUCGUGGCCAAUACACUGUAAAAUACGGGAAAUCCUGCUAAAUCCCACCACAGAAUCACAGAAUCCCUCGAGUUGGAAGGGAUCCAUGAGGAUCAUCGAGUCCAACCCCUGGGAAACCAGACCACGUGACUGAGAGAUGCUGUCCAGACACUUGGGAUCAUUUGAGAUGCCACGGCCAGGGAAUGCAUGAGACCAUUCUGAGGUGAUGGCCAUCAAAAACAGACACCACAUCCCAGCACAGAGGCUCCGGCCUCACCACUAAAAGACCAAUGGCCGAAAUCACGGCGUCGAUGAGCUCCGAGUUCCUUUGGGAUGAAACACCCCAAAAGCUGGCCCAGAGGAUGGAUCCCACGGCCAGACUGCCCUGGCAAGAGGUGACGUAGAGGAGCACCGGCAUCUCAAGCCUCAAGGGCAUUGGCUUUUCUGCUGUUCCCAGCUCAUGUUGGGAAUGAGGAUGAGCGCAAGGAGGGUCAGUAGAGCUGAACGAGGCAGUGCAGCAUCUCAGGAAGUCCAGACAGAAGCAUCCAGAUCCAUGGAGGAUGCCUUUCAGGAAAACGUCAUGCUCUUCUUCAACAGUGUGGCAGCUAUACAUUUACACAGUUCUCUUCUUCCCAUAUUCCUUCCCCAUGUUGCUUGAUCCCACGAGUGGAGGAGUUGAAAAACGGCACAUUCCAAAUGUUUGCAACAAGACUGCAAGAAUAAGAGUCACUUUAAGGCUGAGGUCUGGAUUUUCACACUCUGGAGUUGCUCACAUCUCGGUACGCAUUGGUCCUUCAUAACGUCAAUGACACAUAGGAGAAUUUGGCAAAAAAAACCUCCAGUUUGUUUGGUUAAUUUGGUCUUGGUGGCGUGGCUCUGAUUCAUCUCAUACCAAAACAAAAUGAAUGAUAUUAAUAGACUCAAAAUGUCAGUUAAGCAGUUUAUCCUGAGCUUGUGUACUCAGAAAUGAAUAAUCUCUUGAGGUUGAGGGACAGCGGCCAAAGCGCAACGCUAGGCAGAGCAGUGGGUGGGUAAAACCAAGCCAAGCUUAUUCAACUGCUAAGCGCUGUUAGACUCAAGCUAACAUUUAAUAUUACAGGAUCACAGAACUGUAGGGGCUGGAAGGGACCUCUAGAGAUCAUCGAGUCCAACCCCACUGCAGAGCAGGCUCCCUACAACAGGCUGCACAGCUCCAGGUCGCUCAGCCUUUCCUCACAGGGGUGAUGCUCCUGGCCCUUUACCAUCUUUGUGGCCCUCAGCUGGACCCUCUCCAGGAGAUUCCUGCUUUUUUUGUACCGGGGAGCCCAGAACUGGACACAGUACUCCAGGCGAGGCCUGACUACGGCAGAGUAGAGGGGGAGGAUCACCUCCGUUGACCUGCUGGCCAC